UCGCUCGGAGAUACCUUAGAUUUGCAUCAGACCAUGCGGCAGUCCAAGCCCCGAAUACACGGGCUUGUCCAAAGCACGGCCCAUUGCUAAUCCCACUAGGCAGUACACCUGGCAAUGAGGCUACGUAUCGCAAGGCGCAGUUCAACCUCGAAGCCCUGGAGAAGAUUGUUGAGAAACCACCAAUGGCAUAUUAGACUCGAUGAGGCUGUCUUAGGGUAUAACUGCUAGUUGCGCCAACACCCGUGGUAUUUGUCCCUCGAUAUGAACACUGCCCCCUUGCUUAUCGAUUUAUGGGGAACGAGCAGCCUGCGAUUUGGGGGCGCAAAUAUUCCCAUCUUUUAUCGAUCUAGGCAGUGCUGUUAGUUUGAAGCAAUACAGAAGGCAGAUAACAAACAGUUUAAUGGUUGAACAGUACUUGUUAUUUCGACGAUAAAUUUGAAAUGUAUGUCCAGGAAUACCACAGACUGCCUCAGCCUUAUACUGUUCGUGCAACUUGCCUGAACCGGCGCUCACCACCGGCGGUGGUUGUAUCGGAGACAACUCCGACAUCUGAACAGGCCCACAGAUGCUCAAUGCACCGAACCCCAUUGGACACAGUCAGACAAUCCACCGAAUCCAGUGAAUCAUCUUGGUCCAUGCUUGUCGUGCUUGUCAGCUGUGGGGCAGAUGUGCCCGAGUCAUCGCAGGCGCUCUCAAAUAUCUUCAUCCUCACAGGCGCAAUGUCGACAAGCCAGCGCUCUAAACGGAAAGCACCGUCCCCGGCGUGUAAAAGAUGCAAGGACCAGCAUAUCCGGUGUGAUUCGGAGACCAAAGGGCUUCCUUGCUCGCACUGCCGGCGAGCGGGCAACGCCGACUGCCACAUUGCAAGGACGAAGAGAACGCGAGGAAGCAAUGGGCGAUUCGCAACCAGCGAACUAACCCAACCCAACCCAACGACGCGCAUAUCGGAUCGAGCCCCCCCGUUCUCGAUUGACUUUGAAGCGCUGUGCAGGAAUCGGCGAGGACAUUAUUUGUCUAGCGAAGGAUCAUCGAGUCAUGAUCGCCUGUAUGCGAGCACGCGCCAUCGUCAAGCGUCGCCUCCCAUCUGGGGCGAGAGCUGGUAUCUGUCAUAUGUGAUCCAAACGACAAACAGCGACCAAGACUGCCUGUAUCGGCCUAUACAGGAUGAUCAGGGCAACAAUGCAGUGGUCGGCCGCGACCACAGACCGGCCAGUACAUCGGGGCACCCUCUCCCCCCUGCAGAACUGGUGAAUGACCUUUUGCGUGGCUACUUUGCCAUAUUCCACCCGUUCUGUCCCAUUCUAGACCGGGAGGCAUUCCUUGCCUCGGUUAGUGACGGGUCGGUUUCCAAAGUCUUGCUUCGCUGUGUCCUUUUCAUCGCCUCCAUCCACUGUGAUCUCAAGACUAUACAUCUCCUGGGGUAUUCCGGGCGCAUAGAUGUAGAAGACGAUCUUUUCAGCUCAGCAAAGGCCGCCUUUGACGGGGAGCAGGAGAGCGAUCGGCUGGUAAUGCUUCUAUGCUCCUAUCUCCUCCACUACUGGUCCGGAUCUGCCAGCCAGAGCAGAGACUCGCUGUGGUGGCUGGCUGGCACGAUUCGCUCUGCGCAGUGUAUGCAGAUGCAUCGCAAGGCCCAGCACCGGAAUGUCCAGCCAGAGCGAGAGCGCAUGUGGCGUCGCAUCUGGUGGUUACUAUACAUUCGCGACAGACAAAUAUCGAUAUCGCUGGGAAAGCCCAUGAUCAUUCAUGACUCCGACUGCGAUGUUGAACUUCUCCGCGAGGACGACCUCAAGGGUGAAUCCUCAGAAACAGUUAAAUAUGUCCUGGCACAGGCCAGACUAUCAAUCGCAGUCUCCAACAUACUGAGAACCUAUUUCGCACCCUCAAGGGAAACUCUCUCAGACGAGACAAUUAUACUCGACUCUAUAUGUAGGGUGUUUUCAACUUGGGAAGAGAGCCUCUCGCCGGGUCUGCAUCAUUCAUCCCAUGCCCAGCUCCCUCUUAUUCUAAACCUGACUUCUAGGUAAGUCCAAGGCCGUUUGAGGGAAUAGUACUAAUUCUGUCAGCUACUAUCGCAUAAUUGUCCAUCAGACCUUUCAACGCACGUUCCAAAACCU